AUCAACUCCACCAACUCGAUCUGAUUCAUUACAUAUUAGAUUCCUAUCGAUCCUAUACUAUCCACCUCACUAGUCAAUCCUUGAAGCAGAACUCGUACCUUCCUCAGCAUCUCAAGCGCGUCUGUUUUCGCUUUUGGAAUCCCUUUGCAUUGUCACUUAAACGGCUGGAUCAAUAUUAAAUACAAUUACUCCCGAUUAAUUGCCUGGGAAGAUAGGCCAAUAUACUGUGCAGAUAUUCCUGGAAUCAGCCUUCAAAUUGGCUCUCACUCGCAGUAAUCUUUAUCACUUCAGAAGCGUUCUUUUCAAACCCCCUUUUCCACAACAACCACCUCGGCCAUCUUUAGUCGUCCCCAACACCGCCAUCAUGUCUACUCAAGUUGAUAGCACCCAAAUCGAUAACACAAGUUUACCCGGCUGUGCGGCCAAUGACCGCUUACCGGCAUGUUGGGGCCAUCGCGGAGCCUCCGCCGCCUUCCCCGAAAAUACUCUUUCUUCUUUUGAAGCAGCCAUCAGAGAUGGUGCUGAAGGAAUCGAGACCGAUGUUCACGUUUCAGCAGACGGCGUGGUGUGCAUGUUCCACGACCCCUCUUUAGAGCGAACUACCGAUGGAAAAGGCAUGAUUGCGGAUUUGAAUUAUAAAGAUGGAAUCGAGCUGGUUCGAACAUUGAAGCAGCCAUUUCAAAAAAUUCCGACCUUCGAGGAAACCAUCGAGAUGUUGAUGCACGAGUCAAACCGACAUGUGGUCUUGAACAUUGACUGCAAACCUCAAAAUGACCCAGAAAGGUUGUUCAAAUUGAUGAGAAGUUCGAUCGACCGAUACCCCAACCACGCCACCGAGCUCUCGCCACGCCUGAUCCUUGGCCUUUGGCACCCCAAAUUCAUUAUUCCUUCCAUGGAGAUCUUGCCCGAACUCAAGCGGGCUCACAUAGGCAAUUCUCCUUCAGUAGCCAUGAAGUACUUCUGGAAAAAUUGCGAUGGCUUCAGCAUGAAGUUCAGCUGCUUGGUGAACAAAGAAGGUGUCGAGUUUCGCAGAAGAUGUAAAGAAGACGGGAAGGCUUUAUUGGUAUGGACAGUCAAUGAUCGAAGUGAAAUGAUUGAAGCGGCUAAAUGGGGAGUAGACGCGAUCUUGACAGACCGAACUAAUUCUUACUUGCAGCUUCGUCAACAAAUGCAUGACGAUUGGAAGGCAGUCAGCUCUGAAACGACUGCACUUUUUCCCUACUCUUCCAUCUACUACUCAGGAGUGGUUUCUUGGUUAUCUGAGACAUGGGCGUCUUACUAUCUGACUCGCUCAGCUGGCCCUUUUCCGACUUUGACAGCCUCAUGAUCACAUUCCCUUAUAUUUGUAAUUUCAUUUUGAAUCUUUCAUUGAUCAAACCUCAUGUGAAGUGUGGUACAGUUUCUAUCUCAACUUCUUCCCUAUAUUGAUUGCCCAAACUCGAACAAAAAAAAAUCCUCAACCUUUAGUGAAUCUUUUCGCGUUUGUUACCAUUGUAUGUUUUGUCCUUAAAUUAGUGUUGUUGUUUUUUUGGCGGUAGUUGUUGGAAAUACAGUUGUAUUAGUUCAAACAAUUGUGUCUUUUUGAUUACGUGUUCAUUUUCUUUUUUCAUGCUUACAGUAUUCGUAUCCCACUUUACUACCAUUUUCUUUUGUUUUUUUGCACUGAAAGAUUGUUUACCUAUAUGCCGCCAUGAGCUGUGCCUCAUGAUUUACUGUAGGUUCCCAUUGAGAACUUGGACCAGUAAUAGUAUAUCCCAUCUGAACCAAGUUUGCCAAC